GUUGACGCAGUUUUCUGAGUUGCCGCAAACAUUAUCAUGACAAGAGAAUAAUGUUUUACGAGUUGCACUUGGGUCUUAGCAGGCAUUUUAUAUUUGGUUCAACUGAUAGCACGUCUCAGAUGAUGUGCUCUUAAUGUGCUACCUCUCACCGUCCUUCCUUCAUGCAAUUCAUACAAGUGCCAACAGGCUGCUCCAACUCGAGCAUCAAAUGCGCCGGUCCAAUUUUGAUGAUUUUCGCUGUUCUGGCGAGUAUACGUGCGGUUUCGCUCAGAAGUACUGGUGAGGUCCUAGCCGCUUGUGAUUGGUUCUGAUGUUGUACCAUGAUUCAAUUGGCCCGCUUUUCAUUCCAACAUGAAACACCUGUGCUGAGGUGUAUCUCGGCUAAGUACAUUACGUCUUCCCCCAUACGGUAUGUGAUCGUGCGGGUGUUUCCCCGGAGAAGACGCACGUCCUUUCUGAUGGUGUUCCUGCUUUUUAUGGGACCUCAAUGCAGAAGGAAUACAAUACCAUCCAGGAAGAUGAACUCCUGUUCCAUGUCGACACUCGUUGGGGCUCAGCGAUGUUCUCCGGUGAUCGGUAAGCAGCAUUCAAAAAUUGUUCACCAUCGCAUCAGAUCUCCUAUCAGGAUCUCUAUCCCUAAUUAGGCGGUCAAAUUCACACAUUUUUAGGACCAAUAUUUGUCGAAAUCCGUGCAAGAGGCUUGCGACGCAGCUGUUAUCUUUAUACACUCGUUACCGCCGAAUGUAUCGACGCUUGCACAGCUCUCCGAUUCUGCGUGCUUCAACUCAUGGUUCCCCUCCUCGUGAUGUUCGGCUUCACGUACAUGGGAAGAUUUCUUUUAGCCGUCCUCAGAACGUAUUCUUAAAGCAUGCUCGGAGCAGUCGUCCCAUGUCUCCGUCCCGCGCAAGACUGCGCCCAUGUCGUCUUACGCUGCGCUGGUGACCAGCUCCCCUCAACUUUCCCCAGCGGAGCAACUUCAAUUCAUACAGGACUAUCGUUUUUGUCGUUCAUUCGUUCUUCUGGCUCUGGUGCUGGUUUUAUAUGACUAUGCUUUGACGCUUGCUUCGGAGAUUGCGUGUAUGCUGAAGGGGAAGUUUCUUUGGGCGAGAAUUAUGUACCUGGCGUGUCGGUACUGCAGCAUACUACUCGUAAUCCUUGCCAACAUCCUGAUGUUUUGGGUGGAUUUGCCCUCUCAUUUCUACAGGUGGCAUCCUAAUAGGGUUUUGAUCGACUUGCCCAGGCACGCUUGUUCGAUAUGGUAUUACAUGUUCGUGAUUGGAGCUAUGCCUGGACAAAUAUCGAUUACUAUCAUCAUGAUCCUCAGGGUCUAUGCAAUGUACAACUGUAAUCGACGAGUUCUCAUAGCUUUAUUCUCGGCCUUUGCACUCGAGGUUGGAGCACUAUUCACGCUUAUCAUCAUCGUGGCCUCAAGGCUAGAGACCAUUGAAGUUCCAUAUGCGUCUGGCUGUUUCCCGGUUAACACCCGGCAAUUCGCCUACGCGUUCUGGAUACCCAAGAUCAUAUUUGAACUCAUCUUAUUUGUCCUCGCAGGCCGGUGCUGCCUUCAAGAAUAUUACAAAUGGCACCCAACCCCGCAACUCCUCAAUGUUCUUCUACGAGAUUCCGUGGCUUUCUUUGGCGGGAUCUUUGUUUUCAACCUGUCCAACUGUCUCAUCUGGGCGAUCAGCAGGCCGACGCUUUUCGUUGCCCUCCCAGUCCUUCAAAUCGCAUUUGAGUCCAUCCUAGGAUGUCGAUUACUGCUCAAUCUCAAGGAAACGGCAAAUCCUUGGCUCCGAUACGAUUCUGUGAUUUAUGGCAUGCAUUCUUCAAUUAGCUCGAGUGCUGUUUUCGCAGAGUACGGAAGUGAUGAGGCCCCAGCCAUGUUCAGGAUGAUGCGGAUACCUGCAAACUAAUAAAGCAUUGAUGUCUGGUUGUAUUGAUACAGGCAGUAUUUCGCCAGCAUGGCCUAAACAUUCAUUUGAAGUUUAUUCGCUCCUUUUCAUACAUCCGGCCUGCACUCAAGUGAAGACCACUCAAUUCAGCGUAAGUGACAUGAAUACAUAAAACAAAUAACA